AUUCUCCUCUCUUAAUCUCUUCUUCACCCAUUCUCCGCUCAAGCUCAAGGAUUCUCUAUCCGGGUACUCUCUCUUCUUCUCCUCCUCCUUUUGCUUUCUCCUCUGUAGACCGUUGUUGUUUCUCCUCCUCCUUCUCUUGUCGGCCGGUUCAACUAUUACAACAGGUGCAUAACGGCCUUUACACACCAUUCUGAUUCUGUUCUGGCGUGAGAGACGACGCAGAGCUUGCUGGAAGAUUGGUGGUGUGUUGGGUUUUUUGAGCUUCUCCACGAUUUAGAUAUAUUGGUACUAGUUGAUUUGAUGGAUUCUGAUUUGGACCCUUUUGACGGUAUAUUUUCGGAACCAGAUUUUGCCCAUGCGGCCAGGGCUGGUGGGAAGUUUCAACCAAGGGCCAAGCCACGAGCAAGGAAGGUGACAUCCACAUCACUUCCUUCUGUGCCCCCAAGCAUUGCCAAGGAAAGUUCUGUUUCAUCGUUCCCAACUACAUUGGACACAAUAAAACCUGCUGUGUCUGUUGAUCCUGUGGAUGAUAGAUUGACAAACCUAGUUGGUUCUUCUUUGGUUUCAUCGUCAAGGUCACUUGGGAGCAAAGAACACUUGGAAAACCAUGACAAUAACCUGACAUGUCAACCAGUGAACUCUUCAACCGAAACUGUUGAAAGAAGAGAGGAUCUAGCUUCUCCAGAUUGUCUGCCUUCAGAGGUUGUAGUGACUAAUGGCAACAAGAAUGGAGAUUCUAACUUCAUAACCGAGGCAGGUUCUUCUGGGCUUGAUUUGGACACUUUUGCUGGCAUUGUUCCUGAUACUACUCUAAGUGCAGAGGAAAACCCUCAAAUUACAAGGGAAACUAUUGCCUCAAUAACUUUGAAGCUUCCUGAUGCUUCAAAUUUUCAGUCCAUUGCAGUAUUCAACCCCUCAUCAAGAGAACAUGUGCCCAAAGAGGAUAUGAGCUCCAAUGAUGCUCAGCUUGCAGAGGUCAAUUCAAUAGGGCUUGAUUUGGACCCAUUUGAUGAUAUUGUUCUCCCACCUGCUAUAAGCAAUGUGAGGGCUGGUGGCAAAUUUCAACCUAGGGGAAAGACCCGGCUGAGGAAGGGAACAUCUGAGGCUGUUGCUUUUGCUGUUUCUGGUGCUACAGUGGAAGGGCCGGCUAGAGUAGUGUCCACUGUCUCAAAUAACCUGCAGUCUUCUAAAUUUAUUAAUGUUGGAGAUGGUAGAUUGAUGGAUUCAGUUUAUUCAUCUUUAACUACCCUGGAGAGCAUGGAAAACAAAGAGGUCUCGAGAACUGAUCACUGCACAAAUUCUGGAGUUGUAUUAUCCAAUGUUGACAGAAGUUCAGGUUUAGCAAAUUAUUCCCAUUUAGUUGCCUCUGAUGAUGCUCUGCAUUUAGGUGUUGUUGACAGAGAUUCACAUUCUGGGUUGGGAAAAUCAAUGGGAGAGAAUGCAGACAUAUUUUCAGAGUUGGAAUAUAUUCAUGAUUUUGUUACCCAUUCCCCAAGCAGGACAGAAAUUCCACUUGCUACUUCAAAUGAGGAGGAAACAGAGGGACAUUCUAGAUUUCUGGCUCAAAAUUCUGUUAAUUCUUCAGCACUCGGUGCAUGCAGUCAGGCAAUCCUAAAUGCAGUAACUUGUAAUGGAACUGCUCUUCAGACUGAUAAUGGAAAGCCGAAGUCAGAGUUUCAGGAACAAGGAUCGUUCGCUAACUUGAAAAGUUUUGACAAUUUGUCUGAGUCUGCCGUUGCAUUGGAACAUUGUACCAGAGAAAUCCAGCCAAAACCCAUGGUACAAAAUGGCAAAGAUAAACCUAGUACUAGCAUCCUUCCAGAUGCAGUGGAGUCUAUUGUGCCUCCACCAAAUGCUCAGUUUGAUCCUUCUGAAAAUGUGUACAUUGAUGAGGGCUCACUUCCUAACUUUCCAUCAGAGGAUGUUCUUGAUUAUUCAUCCAUGAGCUUUAGCAAUUUUAUUUCCCCGGAUCCUACUACAUCCGAGUUUCCAAUGAAUGAAGAAAGAAUAAUUGCAGAAGCUUCUUGCUCCGGUGACCAAAAUAUCUUGCACCAAGAAGAUAUUCCUGGAGUGCCUGCAAGGGAGAGUUCCAAGAAUGGAAAAAUAAAGUCUUCUUCAGUAUCAAAGCUUUCUCAGAAUUCGAAACAAUCUUCCUUAGUUGGUGAGAUGAAUGAAAGUGGCAAAUCAGGAAGGCAGUUGAGAAAAAGGAUUGCUGCUUCGCAACUUGAUGCGCCGGAGGAUGAAGCCCUUGAUAGUGAUGGCUUCCCUUCUGAACCUCCUAGUAAUUCUAUAGCGGAUGAAGGAGAUAAUGAUUAUGAUUAUAGAGUGGAUGAAGAUAAUGAUAAUGAAGAUAGAGUGGAAAAUACAUCUAUCAAUAAAAGAGCUUCAAAAAAGUCAAAGAAAACUGCAGCUGAACAGGAAAAAAAACCUGUUAGAAGACGUAAGAGGGACAAUGGUCCACCAGAACAGUCAAAUCAACAGCCACGCAAGAAGUUUUCUCAUUCCACUCUUCGUAAAAACAGAUUAAAAGGUUUACUUAGCAUACCAGAAGAUGAAAUUGAUUUUCAGAAGAUGCCUUUCAAAGAUAUUAUUUUGCUUGCAGGGCACAAGGAGAGUUUAGCUACUAAAGAGGCAAAAGCUUCAAAGAAUGCCUCAACCAAUAAAAGCACUACCAAUUCUUUCCAUGGGAAGGAUUCUCAUAAUGAAGAGGAUAUUGGUAUUUCAGAGCAAUACGGAGGCUGCGUUGAUGAUCAAUCAAACUUCUUAUUCAAUUACCAUUCCUUCAUGGAUAAAACACCAACUGCAAGAUGGUCAAAACAAGACACAGAGUUGUUCUAUGAGGGAAUUCGGCAAUUUGGGACUGAUCUAUCAAUGAUACAACAACUUUUCCCUGGACGAACACGUCAUCAAAUAAAGUUGAAAUUUAAGAAGGAGGAGCGUCAACAUCCAUUAAGGCUUUCUGAAGCUCUGAAUAGUCGUGCUAAAGAUCAUUCGUAUUAUGAAAAAGUGAUUGAGCAGCUGCAACAAGUUGCUGCUCAGGCGGAGCAAGAGUCUAACAGAGGUAACUCAGUCAGUUUGACAGAUGAGGAGGCAGAGUUGAAUCCUGAAACUAAUGGAAAUUGCCAUUGGGGAGAUAAGAGAUUCCAGGGUUCAUAUGCUACAUUUGAAUUUUCUUUUUUUCACUAAAAAAAAGGGGAAAAAAAAAAUCACAUUUACCUAUCCAUUUGCAUUGUUACUGGCAGGAAGAAGUGGCAAAAUCUGAUGAGCAAGAUGAGGAUGGAACAGUUGAAGAUCAGGAUGGAGAUCCUCUGAAGUAUGAUGAAGAUGAUGAUGACUUCGAUCUAUGGAGCUCAUAUAAAAGUGAAUUUUGAUUAUCAGAUUUAAGAGACGUAUUUUUGUGUAUAUUGCUUUUUUUUUUUUUUUUCCCCUCUAAUGUUAAAAAUAUUCAUUUUCUUUUUACUGAUAA